AUGCAGAGGCGUCUAGAUAUCGCCAUCGAACCGCCUCUCACAGCUCAUGGAUCGUCAACCAGAACGCCGACAAAAGACAAAAUUGAGUCUGUUUCUAAUAGCGACUCCAUUGAGUCCGCGGAUGAAAUGCCUAAUUUAGAGACGGAGUUUGGAAGACUGGCCAUGGGGAAUGGAAGAAGUAGAUAUAUGAUCGGCAAUUACUGGGCCAGUUUGGACGAGGAGGUGAGUCACCUUACCCUAUUGGUCACUCGCUCAUUUAACUUUGUCGACCAUCCUAUUAGGCCGAAGAUCACAAGAGCCUUCUGCAAGAAGAACCGGAAGAAACAGACAUGUGGGACACAAAUGCUGUAUCAGACACGGACAGGACAAAUCAAGCCAGCAUUUUACCCUUCGGUUGUACUGGGCAGAACCUUUCACAACUACAUCCUUCACGAGAGAGGGUUCCCGCGCUUUGGCAAAUGUUCAACAAAAUUGCGACAAAUUGAUCAAAAUUUUGCACGUCCCGAGCGUGGAACCACUCGUGUUCCAGGCUUCGCAGCAUGUGGGAGCAUACCAAAAGGGCUCGAGGCGCUCAUGAUGGCCGUAUAUUUCAAUGUCGUGGUCAGUCUGUCACCAGAGCAAUGCCUACAGGUACUUGGCUGUGAUAGAGUCAGUCUUAUUCAGAAAUUUAAUUUCGCGUCUGAGCAAGCAUUAGCUCGCGCAGGACUCUUGGAGACAGACGAGAUUAUAGUCCUACAAGCCUUUGCCAUAUUUCCUACUGCUGCGUGA